CGGUUUUGAGUUCAUAGCACUUUUCUGUUUCAGUGGUUUUCAUCAUGAGGUGUAAGGGUGUACACCAGUUUCUGCUUGCCAUUGGGCUGUUUAACUUGUAUUUCUAUGAUGUUUCUGCUGCUUUCGGUUCCAAGAGGUUUCGACCUCAGUCGAAAGCACAUAAGGCUAUAGUUAUACAGAGUGAGGGCUGGGCGCAGCAAAGAGCGGGGUCUCCCCAAUCGGUGUCGGCGCAGUGUACAGAGACGGAGGUAAUCGUGAGCAUCAGUUCUGAUCUGUUUGGUAUUAGGCAUCCUGUCCAGCCGUCCGACUUGACAUUAGGAGGGUGUGGAGUGACCAGUCAAGUGUCAGCGCCUCCUACCUUCGUGAUCGAAGCGUCGCUGCAGGAAUGUGGCAAUAACGUUACGAUGCUUCCUGAUGAAAUAGUGUACAACUUCACCCUUGAGUAUAAUCCAUCCUUGAUUCCUGGUAUUCCCAUUAUGCGAACCAACCCAGCUGAAGUGCAGAUUGAAUGCCAUUAUCCCAGGAAUCACAAUGUCAGUAGUAAUGCUUUGAAUCCCACUUGGGUUCCCUAUACCUCCACCAUAUCUGCUGAAGAUAUUUUGGGGUUCUCUCUGGAUAUAAUGAACCGUGACUGGAGUGGGCCAAGUUCCUCCAACACAUUCUACCUAGGUGACUUCAUUAACCUUCAGGCAUCUGUAGACAACACUAACCAUGUGCCUCUACGAAUCUUUGUGGACAACUGUGUGGCUUCUCCUGCUUCUGAUGGUUCUGCUCCAACGUACACAUUCAUUGGUAACCAUGGGUGCUUUAUUGACAGAGAAUUAACCAACUCCAGUUCCCAGUUCAUAACUCCCAGAGUUAAUGACUCUAUCCUUCAGUUUGAACUUGAUGCCUUCAGGUUCUAUGGUGUGGCUACAAGCUCAAUCUUCAUUACCUGUAGUCUGAAGGUGACAUUGGCUACUCUGAUCAUUAACUCCUUGAAUAAGGCCUGCUCUUACAUACCUGGAGUGAGCCAGUGGACCUCUGUAGAUGGCAGUGACUUGGCAUGUAGCUGCUGUGAUACCAACUGUCUUGCUGGCCUCCCUGAAAGGAAGAGAGCAGAGAAGCAUAAGCAAAGACCAAGGAGGAGUGCCCUAUCCAUCCAUGAUAAAUGGGAGAAGACACUUGUUGUGGGCCCCCUAUUUCUGGAAGGGAAACCAAGACCUGUGAUGUCUGGACAACAUGCAGCUAAUGAAGAGCAACCAUAUGAGAUUUCCACAGGUUCCUCCAUUCUGGUGCUUGGUUCUGUGGUGGGUUUACUGGCGCUGGCAGGUUCAGUUUUCCUUGGUGGUUUCUUGUUCCAGAAACCUCAAACUUGUAAUUAAACUGGCUGAAAUAUU